AAUCGCUGUAGUCAGCUUGGUUAAAUAUUUCACACCCCGAUUUCCCUUGGCCCGUGGCUGCCACUUUCACGUGCAUGAAAAAUACAAAAAGGCAUGUCCCACCCAACCUGGCAUUGCGGCAAAAACGGAUUUUUUGCCCUCCGCAGUCGAUCCAUGAAAAGCAGCCAGACGGUACGCCACGAUAUCGUCAAUCUAUUGUGCGAUUUCCUCCAAGUAUGGAUUCACCAAAUUCUGUAUCGUCGGCAACUUUAUCCCCAUGGAAUAUUUGUGCUGCGGAAAAAGUACAGUGUCCCCGUAUACAUGUCCAAUAACCCAGAGGUCAACCAAUAUAUUGCCCAAUUUGUACUUACAUUGCGGCCGAUGCUGGAAAAGGGGGAUUGUAAAUCUGUAUCUGUGGUGGUCACUACCGCGACUCAAAGACCGCUGGAACGGUUUGUCCUGGAAAUUGAUUCCAUCAUACGCACGCUUGACGUCCCGCUGGAUAAACUGCUGGCCAGUGAAGCCACGGAACCGUUGGCUGAUUUUGAGCAGUAUCUGAGAGCGUGCCUUUUAAAGAUGGCAGCCUGUGAUACCAUACUGCAGCGUAAUCCCCCUCACUGUCGUUUCUGGUUUUCGAUUGAAAUGACAGAUGAAGGUCCACCCAGUGGUCAAGGAACGGGGCCCGAUGUGGAUUGGAUACCCGCCGAACCCGACGUGUCAUCCGAUGCCUUUGCUUGGGCAAAUUUGAUACCACUCAAAACCAUUCCCAUGGAUUUGUUCAAGAUCAAUACAUACGUUUUAGAAGCUUCUAAAAAAGGGAAGCAAGCAGCGUUAGACUAGAAACCAUAAAACUUAUUAAUUAGGAAACCUUGUUUAACCCCACAAUGUCACUACCGGAUAUUGACGAUUCUUUUAUCUGGGCUACGCAUCAUGCUGGCACCAGUAGCCUGAAAUUAAGAAAAAAUUAACUUUUUGAGUUUUUGUGACAAAAAAACGUGGUUGAAGAGCCUUCAACCAUAUUCGAUUCAGUAAC